AGGAAAAGUGUCAUUUGCUCGUGUGUUUGUUGUUUGCCGAGCGUUUUAGCGAGCAAGAGUAGUUCAUGUGUUUUUAGCUCAAGGUGUAUUAGUUAACGACAACCGCCCCUUACUCGCUUUUUAACUUGAAUAAACAGCUAUGGGCGAUAAAGUUAUGGAAAGCGGCUAACGUUAGCUAACUGAAUGUAUUUCAGUCGGUUACAAUUGUCAGAAGUUGGCUAGUUUCAGGCUAGCUACUACGUAGUUAGCUACCGCUAGUGUAGUGUCAGGGAGCCUGCGGUGGGUUGUUGCCAGCGAUAAAAUCAUUUCGGCUCUCUAGCGUCUUUGAGAGUGCAGAGGUUUCCCAAUUUUUUUGUUUUGGACGGGACAAGAUCUUUUGAGAUAUCUUACCAUGGAUUUGUUUGACAGUAACAGUUCAGAGCGUGCCAGCCUGCCGAGGAACAUGAUUGAGAACAGCAUGUUUGAAGAAGAGCCCGAUGUUGUGGAUUUAGCCAAAGACUCCACAGCCUUUCCGACGUUUCCUGCUCUUGAUCCAGAUGAAGUGACAUAUGAACCCCGUAGUUCACGGUUACUUGUGCGAGGCCUGGGGGAAAACGACAUGGAUGACGAUGAGGAGGACUGCGAGUCUUCAGCACGUUUGUUGGGCAUGUCUUUUAUGAACCGAAGCUCUGCUCACAGAUCCAACUCUUCUCCUUACACCAGGCAGGCACCACCAAGGUCAUGUUCACGACCCUCAUCACGUACCAUAGUUGUAUGUGUGUUAUUCCUCGUGAUAGUGGCCUCAGUGACCAUGGUAUUCUACUUCCUACCUGGCUGCACCUUUACUAAAGCAGGUUGUCAUAAGCCAAACAAGACCAAUCCCAUUGAGCCAGUCUACCCCAUCUCCACAAAUGGUGAAUUGUUUCCAUGGGCACAGCUCCGACUCCCUCAAAGCAUAAAACCUCUCAGCUAUGACCUCACCCUGAACCCCGACCUCGACAAAAUGACCUUCACGGGCAGAACUGUUAUCAGCAUGUCUAUACUUCACAGCACAAACCGCAUUGUAUUCCAUGGUGCUAAUCUCAACAUUACCAAAGCAACCUUCAAAUUGGGUGAUGGGCAGGCCAGUGAUGUGACUGUACUGGAAUACAAACCCAGACAGCAGUUAGCUGUUAAUUUCUCAGAGGAGCUGAAAGCAGGCCAGUACUGUGUUUUGACAAUGGAAUAUUCUGCCAACUUCUCAAACGCAUAUGAUGGUUUCUACAAGAGCUUCUACAUUGAUAAGGACCGAAACAAAAGGGUCCUAGCAGCAACACAGUUUGAGCCGCUGUCAGCCAGGAAAGCCUUCCCUUGUUUUGAUGAACCAGCUUUCAAAGCGACAUUCCUGAUUAAAAUCAGCAGAAAAAAAACCUACAUGACUCUUUCAAACAUGCCCAAGGCAAAAUCCACAAAUCUCUCCAAUGGCCUUGUGCAGGAUGAGUUUGAAAAGACCAGUGUUAACAUGAGCACUUACCUGGUGGCCUUCAUCGUUGCUGACUUCACCCCUAACACCAAAAAUGUUUCAGAAACCCAGGUGUCAGUCUACUCUGUACCAGAGAAAAAUGGGCACACUGAGUAUGCUCUGACCAUAACCUCUAAACUGCUGGAGUUUUACAAUAACUUCUUUGACAUUAAUUACCCUCUCAAAAAACUAGACUUGGUAGCUAUUCCUGACUUCCUGGCAGGAGCCAUGGAGAACUUGGGGCUAAUCACUUUUCGGGAAACCACUUUGUUAGUGGGCAAAGAGUCUUCUCUCCUGGAAAAACAAGUGGUGGCUUCUGUCAUAGCACAUGAGCUUGCUCAUCAGUGGUUUGGAAACCUGGUGACUAUGACAUGGUGGAAUGACCUGUGGCUCAACGAAGGCUUUGCCACUUACAUGGAGUACAUGUCACUGCAGGAAGUGUCGCCCGACCUGGAAACUGGUAAUUUAUUCCUCUCAGUGCGGUUCAGAGCCCUAGACAAAGAUGCACUAAACUCCUCGCACGCUGUGUCGACAGACGUUAAUACAACAGAACAAGUAGAGGAGAUGUUUGACUCUGUCUCUUAUGAAAAGGGUGCAUCCAUUCUUCUAAUGCUGAAUGCUUCCUUCCCCGGAGAUCAACAGUUCAGAAAGGGUAUCAUUGAAUAUCUCAAACAGUUCAGUGGAUUAAAUACAGACACUGAUGACCUCUGGAACAGCCUCACACAGACCGAUAAGUCCACGCACCACAUGAAUGUAUCGCAGAUGAUGACAUCGUGGACAUCACAGAAAGGCUUCCCACUGGUCACUGUGAACCUCAUGGGAAACCAGGUGACACUCGCACAGGAGCACUUCUUGCUCACAUCUGACAAUACCACGCAUACGUCAAGCUUGUGGCAUAUUCCAGUGACGUACGUGAACGACAGCUGUAGUUUGGCCCCUGAGUGCAGACAGGUUUUCACUCUGAAAAAUAAAUCAGACACAUUUAAGCUGUCAAAAAAUGUAACUUGGCUGAAGUUGAACUACAAAAAUACAGGCUUCUACAUAGUGGACUACGGAAAGGAUGGCUGGUCUGCUCUUGCUCAAGCUUUGUUCUCAAAUGUCGGCGUUCUUACACACGAGGACCGUGCUUCACUUAUACAUAACAUCUUUGCUCUCUCCAGAUUGGGACGUGUGUCCUUCCUGCAGGUCAUAAAUCUACUGAAAUAUGUCUCAGCGGACACUGAGACUUCUCCUGUGACAGAGGCCCUUUUACAGCUCAAUAAUAUCUACCGACAGCUUGAAAAAAGACAGGAGUCUAAUCUUGCAUCCCGCAUGAAGAAUUUUAUUAUGAGCACAUUUCGUAAUCUGACGGCCAAACAAACAUGGGAAGAAGAAGAGAAUGUGUCCAAACAGGAGCUGCGCUCUGCUCUGCUGGAGAUGGCCUGUAAUCUGAAUGAUGAAAACUGCACCCAGCAGGCCACGUCCCUGUUCAAAAAGUACAUGGAGUCAAAUGGUACCCUCAGGAUUCCUGGUGAUCUGCAGCAGACUGUAUUUACAGUGGCUGGCCGGUCUGAUGAAACCUGGGACGCUCUUUUCAACAUAUAUGUACAUGCCACGUACGAUUCAGAGAAGCGGAAAAUGCUAAAGGGCCUAGCAUCCACUCAGAACCCACAACGUUUAGUACAGAUUCUGUCGUUUGGUCUGAGGGGAAGUCUCAUUCAGACUCAGGAGUUGCCUUUGGUUAUCAGCACUAUGUGUCAGAGCUUUGCUGGUUGUUUGUUUGCCUGGGACUUCAUACAAGAGAACUGGGACCGCCUCAUAGAGAAGUUCCCUAUUGGCUCCUUUGCCAUCCAGGCAAUCAUCAAAUCUGUUACCUCCCAGUCCUCCACACAGGCACAACUUCAUAAAGUGCAGGCUUUCUUCUCUGGUCUGAAGGAGCGUGGCUCUCAGAUGAGGAGCGUGCAGGAAGCUUUGGAAACCAUAAAGCUGAAUCAGUGCUGGAUGGACAGGAACCUGCCUACACUCCGACAAUGGCUGUAACACAGAUGCUCCAACAAGUCUCCACCCCAGUAACAAGCAACUGGGCUGUUUCUUUGAGACAACAACAGUAUUUGCACUAUCUUAGGACUGUGUCCUUUACCUCCCCUCAUCCAGACCAGAGCGCUAAUCAGUGGUUGUGCUCUAGCUGGUUGGACAGGUUGUUUUAAUUUUUGAGAUUGGUCCUGUAAGUUGUACAUGAUAGCUCAGGGUGGAUCUGAUUGUGUGUGUGUGAUUGUGACAGGGGGUCGUCAGAUGCAAUACACACUCCUCAUGUUUUAUGCUGUUGACCAAACCUCUUCCGCAGUUCUCAUCUAAACCUCACGCCUGAGCAGACAAUCAUGCUUUCACCCACACUCCUUUGGCCCAACCACCUCUCAGGCACCUUUCAUCGUGAGCUGUAAAACGGCCACUUUAAAAUAAACUCAAUAGUAUGAUUAAUGUCAAUAUUACUGUGUAUGUGAAGAUGCAGCUGUCAGGGAUUUCUCAGCAAUGAUGAAUUUAAAUUAAUGUUACUUGAUAGAUAGGAUUAUCCUUAGAGUUAAAGUAACCACGUGUCUUUUUGUUGGAAGAAUAUCUACCUGUCAGCCUGUACUAAUUAUUCAUGCGAUCCCAAGUGUUUGCUAUACUAGUCAUGGUUGGGCUACAAGAUUUGUUCGUUGAUGAGUAGAUGCCAGUGUGUUGGUAUUGAAUGAAUGUACUGACAAAAAUAUCCCACUGUGUACUGUAGAUGAUGUACAAAAAAUAGUGCAGGUUUAAAAUGAUAGCCAUUGUGUCUUAGGUGAGAGCAGGCAGUGCACACUGGAGCUAAACAUUCAUUUCUUCCUUCCUUUCUAUCUCUCCCCCAAACUUUAAUCCCAGCCAAGCUUUAAUCAACAAUUUUUAAAUUUUUUUUUUUCUUUUUAAAUUUGGAUCACUUUCCUGCAAUGAAGUCACUUUACAGACUCACUCUUUGGCUUUUUCCGCUUGUAAAGUUGUAAUUAUAGUGUAGAUAUGCUCAACCCCAAAGCCUUUUCCCUUGCCGUUUUGGAUGUACCAUUUUAAACAUCUAAACUUUAAACAUUUUAAUAAUUAGCUUUCUCGUGUGUGUGUGUGUGUGUGUGUGUGUGUGUGUGUGUGUGUGUGUGUGUGUGUGUGUGUGUGUGUGUGUGUGUGUGUGUGUGUGUGUGUGUGUGUAACUGUACACAUCUACCUGAUCAGGAGUCUUGGUUAAAGUGUUUUACUGCAUCUCUUGAUUUGAGACAACACCUGGAGGACAUUUGCUCAUGAAUGUUGUGUUUUAAGGGCUAAUGUGCAUAUUUAAGUAUCCAAAGUAUACAGAAGAACAAUCCAUGUUGAUAGUUUGCUCAGUAAGCUGUUACUUGUCAGCCAAAAAUAGGAAUAUUUAAAGUUGGUCCAGUGUUAACCACCUCUGUAUGUUCACUAUUUAUUGUCUUGAGAUAGCUCCUCCAGUUUUGCAACAAGAUGUUAUUUAAGUACAGCUGUACCCUCAGCCAAAGCGGUACUUAUUCACUCUAUUGCUUGCCAUGAUUGGCAGGUGAAAUGUGAUCAUCAUUACAUUCAGGAGGCCUGCAUCUCUUUUUUGGUGGUCAUAAUAUUGUUUGUUCCAUUGAUGUAAAAAACAAAAAACAAAACAAAAAAAAAAACCAAUGUCCAAAACAGUAGUACAGACUGUUGUUACAAAGGCAUCUGUGCACAGUUGCUGGUAAUGGUGGCCUUUUUUUUUAUUUCGGAGAAUGCAACUAUUCCUGUGAACAGGUGAGAACGAUGGUGUACGGCACUGUGAAGAACUGAGAUGGUACUGAUUUGGUUACACUUUACCAGUAAAGUUUCCCCCUUUAUUUAUUCCAUUAUAUCUAUAAUGACUUUACAGAAAUAUUUUGGAAUCCUUGCAUUUUUAUCCUCCUGAUGAUUUUGGCUCAUUUUCCUUAGAAAGGCCUUACUAUCUUGUUACAUUAGCCGGAGAGUUUGAUUGUCAUGUCUCAUUUUCUGUCAGAGUCCUGGCAAUCAUAGUAUGUGAUGAUAGGGCUACUGUAGAGGACCACAUGUGCAGUAAAGCCAGUCAGACUGUCUUUGUUUUUGUUGCACAUUAAUGAAAUGCUGUAGAUGCUUUUAUCAUUUUGUUGCUCUUCAUUUGAAUAAAAAUAUAAAUAAUAAAGGUUU